CCUUCCCGUCUCAAGCGGGGCCAUAUAUAAACAUACCGCCGAGCGCCGAUACUCCCCACUCCCCACUCCCCACCUCACCAGAAGCACACACAUUGACAUUGACUAGAGAGUCUAGAGCAGCAAUCAAGCAAGCAAGCGAGCGAGCGAGACUACCUGGCUUGACCUGCAGCCGAUUCCCGCCGCGCUGAGCAGCCAGUUAGCUAGCGCCCGCCCAUGCCGGCGAAGCGGCCGCUGGAGGGCGGCGGCGGAGGGGACUCCCCGUCGCCGGCGCGUUCGCCAGCGCUGAAGAAGAGGUGUCGCUCCUUCGACCUAGAGAUCAGGGGAUGCAGGCAUCUGGAGGAGAUGGUCACCAACUGCGUGCAGAGGGUGGAGGCUGCGGUUGAGUCCGUGAUUGAGUCUGCCAUCAGCCGGAUACCAGAAGCGGUGACUAAAGCGAUUACAGGCUACUUAAGCCGUGCUCCUAGUUUGUGCAGAACGGUGGUUGACCAAAACCAGCCUCCAAGAUACAAGCUUAGGUUCCUGAAUGGCUUGAGUAAUGAAAUUUUCACAAAGAAGGGAAUCCGCGCAGCAAAUGGCGAUCCUCUCAAGAUAUGUCUGGAGGACAACAACCAACAAGAGAACAAUUCUCAUCGCCUUCUUUCUGCCAAGAUCAAAAUUGUUGUUCUCGAUGGCGACUUCAACAUAGAUAAUGAAGAUUGCUGGACAUUAGAGAAUUUCAGCAGACAUAUCGUACGUCCACGGGACAAAAUUGGGGCAGUGCUGACGGGAGAGCUCGAGCUUAGCCUGAAGAAUGGCAAGGCUGAUCUCCGUGACGCUACUUUUAUUGAUAACUCCAAGUUCACGAGGAGUGGCAAGUUCAGGCUUGGGGUAAUGGUUGUUGACGAGCUUGGUGAACGGAUCCUAGAAGGGGUAACUGAACCUUUCACAGUAAAGGAUCGUCGCGGAGAAGGAUCCCAAAAGCAUGCCAUUCCAUCAUUGGAUGAUGAUGUUUGGCGCCUGCAGAAAAUUUCAAAGGAUGGUGUCUUCCAUGAGGCACUCAAAGGGAGUGGCAUCUUUUCUGUGAAGGAUUUCUUGACGUCAUAUUACAAGGAUGAACAUACUCUCCGCAAAGUUCUCAAAAAGGCCACAAAGCUAGUAUGGACGACUAUUGUUGAUCAUGCUAAAAAGUGUGAUCCUGGAAAGGAGCUUUACUCUUUCAUCGUGGAAGGCCAUGAUGUUGUUCUGUUCUUCAACUGUUUCUAUAGGAUUGUUGGAGUCACAUCCAGUGACCAGUACACUCCCUUCAAGGACCUCAAUCAACGGAUGCAGGGGCGGGUGGAACAAUGGAGCAAAGUUGCAUAUGAAACUUGGACCAACCUUCAGCCUGAUUAUGUAAUGGAUAAUGGAAAACCAAGACCAAUCAACCAGAGUAUUUCCCAAGGGUCGAUCAUGCUGGAACCUAAAUUUAUGCAAGGACAUCAACAGAAUUGUGCAGAGCGAAAUGUUCAUGAAGCUGAUGGUCAUCAAGGUACUUCAGGCAGUCAUCCCAAGCAGUGCACAUUAAAAAGGCUUGGAUCCAUACGAGUGACACCAAAUGAAGAAGAUGCGUCUUUUGACAUCAGUGUUUACCUUGGUUCUGGCUCCGAACAAUACCAUGGAAGCACCGCUGCAAAUGACAUACCAGGUUCAGUCACGCUCCAUUGCCCUGCUGCAGACGAAUUUUCAGGAUCAGUGUUAUUAAAGCAAGCAUCCUUGACAAUGGUCGAUGAGGACUAUGACAUACCUUUUGUACCCAGUGAUGCUUCACUCCAUCUGUUUGAUGUGUCUGCUUUAGGCGCUUUCACAGAUGAGCCUAUUUACUCGAGGCAUGUCAGCUUCAGAGAGAGCGACUGUCACGAGAUGCUAGCAUUGGGAGCAGAACCAUCUGUUUGAACAAUACGACUGGCACUGCAACGACAUUGAUCAGAUCUUAAAGGAUUCCCUGAGUAACAUAUAUAACUAUAGUUGACACUUACAUAGUCAUGCUAUUUUGACAUUUCUGUUAAAUUUGUCAGCGGUGAUGGACGGCAUUGUUUGGUUUGUGAUGUACUAUAUAUUGAAUUGUUAAUGUCUUGUAAAUUCAUAAAAGAAGCUCCAAGUAUUGCACGCGAAUGCAAUCUGUAUUUUACUGAACUAGCUGCUCUUCAUAAGUCUGAAAGAAUUUCGAUCU